AUGGCUGUCACACCAGGCAACCUGAAUGUGGCCGAAAAGACACAGAACAUGUCGGUGAAUGAGUGCUUCCAGUCUCACAGCACCGUCCUGCAGGGGCAGCCCUUCGGCGGUGUGCCCACCGUGCUGUUUCUCAACAUCGUCCUGUGGGUGCUCAUCGUUUUGGUUUACUCCUUCCUCCGGAAAGCCGCGUGGGACUAUGGGCGCCUGGCUCUGCUGAUCCACAAUGACAGCCUGACCUCCCUGAUCUAUGGGGAGCAGAGUGAGAAGACGUCUCCCUCGGAUGUUUCUCUGGAGAUGGAACACAAGGAUAAGGGCUUCUAUUCCUGGUUCUUCAACACCAUCACCAUGAAGAACGAAGAUCUGAUCAACAAGUGUGGAAACGAUGCCCGCAUCUACAUCAUGUUCCAGUAUCAUCUCAUCAUCUUCGUGCUCAUCCUCUGCAUCCCCUCCUUGGGCAUCAUUCUGCCCAUCAACUACACUGGGACCGUGCUGGACCGGAAUAGUCACUUUGGUCGGACCACCAUUGUCAAUGUCUCCACAGAGAGUAAGGUCCUGUGGCUGCAUGGCCUCUUCUCCUUCUUCUACUUCCUCACCAACCUCAUCUUCAUGGCUCAUCACUGCUUAGGUUUUGUGCCCAAGGAGUCCUCCAAGGUCACAAGGACACUGAUGAUCACCUAUGUCCCCAAAGACAUCCAAGACCCAGAAAUCAUCAUUAAGCAUUUUCAUGAGGCCUAUCCAAGGUGUGUAGUGACCAAAGUCCACUUCUGCUAUGAUGUCAGGACCCUGAUUGACCUGGACGAUCAGAGGCGCCAUGCAAUGCGGGGCCGGCUCUACUAUGCGGCCAAAGCCAAGAAGUAUGGGAAGGUGAUGAUCAAGACCCACCCCUGCUCCCGCCUGUGCUUCUGCAAAUGCUGGACGUGCUUCAAAGAAGUAGACGCAGAGCAAUAUUAUAGUGAGCUGGAGGAGCAGCUGACUGAUGAGUUCAAUGCCGAGUUCAACCGUGUCCGGCUGAAGCGUCUAGACCUAAUCUUUGUCACCUUCCAGGAUGCCAGGAUGACAAAGCGCAUCCUGGAAGAUUACAAGUACAUCCAGUGUGGUGUGUCCCCACAUCAGUCCUCGGUGACCACGAUCAUCAAGUCCUACCGCUGGAGGGUCACCCUUGCCCCACACCCCAAAGACAUUAUUUGGAAACACCUGUCCAUCCGCCGCUUCCGUUGGUGGGCCCGCUUUAUCGCAAUCAACACCUUCCUCUUCUUCCUCUUCUUCUUCCUCACCACGCCUGCCAUUAUCAUCAACACCAUCGACAUGUACAACGUCACCCGUCCCCUCGAGAAGCUGCAGAGCCCCAUCGUGACCCAGUUCUUCCCCUCCCUGAUGCUCUGGGCCUUCACAGUGAUUUUGCCUCUGAUCGUCUACCACUCUACUUUCCUCGAGGCCCACUGGACCAGAUCAAGUCAGAAUCUGAUUAUAAUGCACAAGUGCUACAUCUUUCUGGUGUUCAUGGUGGUCAUUCUGCCCUCCAUGGGACUGACCAGUUUGGAUGUCUUUUUCCGCUGGCUCUUUGACAUGUACUAUCUGGACCAAGCAUCCAUCAGGUUCCAGUGUGUGUUCCUGCCAGACAAUGGCGCCUUCUUCGUCAACUACGUGAUCACAGCAGCUUUGCUUGGCACAGGCAUGGAGCUGUUGCGCCUGGGGUCACUCUUCCUGUACAGUACCCGCCUCUUUUUCUCCAGGUCGGAGCCAGAGAGAGUCCACAUCAGAAAGGACCAGACCAUUGAUUUCCAGUAUGGGCGAGAGUACGCAUGGAUGUUGAAUAUCUUCACUGUGGUGGUGGCGUACAGUAUCACCUGCCCUGUCAUUGUUCCUUUUGGGCUGCUGUACCUGUGCAUGAAGCACAUCACAGACCGCUACAACAUGUACUACUCCUUCGCACCCACGAAACUCAACGAGCAGAUCCACAUGGCCGCCGUCAACCAGGCCAUGUUCGCGCCGCUGCUGGGUCUGUUCUGGAUGCUCUUCUUCUCCAUCCUACGAUUAGGUUAUCUCCACAGCAUUACCAUCUUUUCCCUUACCACCCUCAUCAUUUCCAUGGUAAUUGCCUUCCUGGGCACUUUUCUGGGGAAGAUCCAGAGGGCACCUGACUACGAGCCCGAGGAGGAAAUGGAGACCGUGUUCGACAUGGAGCCAAGCAGCACCUCCUCCACACCCACCUCCCUUCUAUACGUGGCUACCGUGUUGCAAGAGCCGGAGAUGAACCUGACCCCAGCCUCUUCCCCCGCCCGGCACACCUACGGCACCAUGAACAGAGAGCCAGAAGAGGGAGAAGAGGAGAGUAGUGUGAGGGGCUUUGCAAGGGAGCUGGACUCAGCCCAGUUCCAGGAAGGCCUGGAACUGGAGGGCCAGAGCCAGUACCACUGA